GCUCCCUCUCUCCGUCACCCGCUGGCUUCCUGUUGGGGCUUCCUCGGGGCGUCUCCUGCCCUGGCAGAGGAACCUGCGCCCCGGGCUCUGCCCUGGCCGAGGCGGACAUGGGGCCCCUGCUGCUGCUGCUGCUGCUGCUGCCCCUGCUGUGGGGGGGGUCCCUGCAGCAGCCUCCAGGGUACGGCCUCCAAGUGCAGGAGUCAGUGACGGUGCAGGAGUGCCUGGGCGCCAACGUGUCCUGCUCCUUCUCCUUCCCGGGGAGCAAGUGGUCCGCCCCCUCCAUUUACUGGUUCCGCCAAGGGGACGAUGUAGACACCAGUGCUCCUGUGGCCACAAACGACCCGCAAAGACCAGUGAAGGCAGAGACCGAGGGCCGAUUCCACCUCCUCGGGAACCGCAGGGACGACUGCUCCCUGAGCAUCAGAGACGCCAGGAUGAGCGACUCGGGAACCUACUUCUUCCGAAUGGUCGCAGGUUAUCGUGAGAGAUACACUUACCGAAAUACGCUGAACUUGCAGGUGACAGCCCUGACAGAGAAACCCGACAUCCAGUUUCUGGAGCCUCUGGAGUCUGGCCGCCCCACGAGUCUGACCUGCAGCCUGCCAGUCGUCUGCGCUGGGGCAAGAUUUCUCCGGUUCUCCUGGGCGGGAGACGCCCUUGAUGCGGUGGACCCAGAGACGCUCCACAGCUCGGUGCUCACCCUCACGCCGAGGCCCCAGGACCAUGGCACCAACCUGACCUGUCAGGUGAAACUCCAAGGAGGUCAGGGGACCACGCUGGAGAGAACCGUCCAGCUCAAUGUCUCCUAUGCUCCACAGCUGAUGACCAUCAGACUAUUCCAGGGGAACUCCACAGACCUGAAGAGCUUGAGCAAUGGCACCUCACUCCUGGUCCUGGAGGGUCAGUUCCUGCGCCUUUUCUGUGUGGCUGACAGCAACCCUCCUGCUGUGCUGAGCUGGUUCCAAGAUGGAAAAGCCCUGAGUCCCUCCCAGCCCUCAGCACCCGGUGUCCUGGAGCUGCCCCACGUGGGGGCUGCAGAUGGAGGAGAAGUCACCUGCCAAGCUCAGAAUGUGCUGGCCUCCCAGCAUGUCUCCAUCAGCCUCUCUGUGUGGAAAAAUGCCCCCUCCUGCAGCUGUGUGAGUGAGAAGCAGCAGGGCUCCUGGCCCCUGGUCCUCACCCUGAUCCGAGGAGCCCUCAUGGGGGCUGGCUUCCUCCUCACCUAUGGCCUCACCUGGAUAUACUACACCAGGUGUGGAGGCCACUAGGGAGCAGGGCUGAGAGGUGUGACUGAGCCUCCUUCCUUCUCCAGACGGGACUGAGGUGUGGACCCGGAGUCCGGAGGACAGACACGGGGACAUCGCUGUCAGCUUCUCCCUGGAAACUCUCCACUCCAACCCUGUCUCAUUUGUACCCACGAGAUUUUAAUUUGUGGAGGUGACUGCAUGACAACACAGAGAGUCAAUACCACUGAAAGGAGACUGUUAUUAGUGACAUUGUCCAAGAGCGGCUGUCACGUCGCGCGGGGUAGGGCCAAGCGGGAAGCGCCAGGUUCAGGAAGCAGGAGCUUGUGCAGGGAAGGCUCAGCCAGAGCCUUUCUUGGGGUUUCCAUGGGAACGGCGAUGCUGGGCAGGGAAAUACUUUAGGAUCUGCUAACUUGAAUAAUUCUGAUGGGCUUUGGGCUAUAGGGGUGGUGUUAAAUAGCCUGUUACCUGUUCAUGGAUGACUUUGGGUCGGGGAAGUAGUGGCUUGGUCGUGUGAGGGGUAAAUAAUUGGGGGGUUGGGGAUUAUGGGGUAGGAACUGGUCGGUUUGCAUUUGAGAAAAUGAGCUCCCAGCAGAGUUUUUCUGUCUGGAAGACUUGGCUGACCCUGGGAGGCAGUGUCCUUCCCAGGCCAGCAAGUUUUUUAAGAUGUCAAAACAUCCUAAGAUACAGAAAACAAAACACGGUUAUCGCACACACAGCCCGACUGCCUGAUGCAUUGUUUCUGCAGUGCCACGGCCAGCCUGCCGCUCUGCCUCUGCUCUCGGUCUUGUUACACCCCGCCUUCCCGCCCUGUUUCUCUCCCUCCAUCCCUAGCUCUGCAAAGGGAGUCUCGAGGCUUAUUUUCUCAUUACCGAGAAGUUACCUGUUUCACACCCAAGUUUCUGGUCCCCAAAACUUCCCUAUCAGCGUGGACAUCCACACACACUGGAGUCAGGAACACAGCUUUUCUUUUUGGGUUUAAAGUUACUAACCUCAGUGGGGGAGGGUAAUAGCUCAGGGGUAGAGCGUGUGCUUAGCAUGCACGAGGUCCUGGGUUCUAUUUCCAGGACAGCCAUAAAAAAAAUUAAUGAAUGAAUUUUUAAAAUACUAAAAAAUAGUUACUGACCUCAUAAUAAAUAGUAUAAAAUGUCACAUUUCAUUAUUUAAAUGUUUCUAAGCAAUAUAAUAAUACUAAAAUAUCGAUCUUGUCAUUUACUGUCUCUGUAGGAGUUUGCAGAACAAAUUAUAUCUUCAUCUGGCAUUAUUUUUGGUUGGUCGGGUUCAACUUCUGGUUUAGUCAUCUUUUUUUUGAUGCCAGACUGAAAUUGAGCAGAAUAUGCAAAUCUAAAGAGUACAAUUAGAUGAAUGCUUACACAUGUACACACCCCGCUUCUACUAUCAAGUCAACAGAUGGAUUCUUCCCACCUACCCCUGGUCAGGUCACGCUAUCAGAAAGAAGGGGGCUGGGCUGGGGUUGGAAGAGUGAGAGCAGUUCUCACAUCUCACGUCAAGGAGAACGAGGUGGGCGGCUCAGAUGGAGACGUGCUAAGAGGUGAGACAGCCUGGAAGGCGAGGGGAAGGACACCAAUGUCUGCACCGGGGCAAGGAGGACCAGGAGCGACAGAACGUGAUAAUGGUGGAUGAGAACACGGGGUCAGGUAUGUUGGUGCCCUGAGUGCCAGGCUGUACAUUUUCUGUCCCUAUAGAGCCAGCUUUUUUGUUUCCUCUCAAUGUUAUGUUUUUCAGAUUAUCCAUGUUUUUACAUGUAUCGAUAAUUCAUUUUUGGUUUUGGUAUCGUUUUUGCCUUUAACAUAGUAUUUUAUGUAUGAAUGUACUUCCAGGUUUGUAUCUGCUCUAAAAUAUGAUAACAUUGCAUUUGUUUCCAAUUUUUGGCUUUUCAAAAUAAUUUUAAUGUGAAUGUCAUGAUUUCAAAAAAUAGGAGAGCGAGCACUUUUUCCAUGGUGGGUAUGGAACUGCUUCAUCAUAAGGUAGGCAUCUGUUUAGCUCUAGAAGGUACCAACAGAGUUCUCCUGAGCAGUCAAAUAAAUUUACAUCCCACCGUCACAUGUGAGAGUUCUGAUCUCUCUUCACCCUGGCAGCUCUUAUUAACCUGCAUGUUCAGUUUUCAGCAUUGCAGUCGGUUUGCUGCAGUCUCUCAUUGCCUUUUAAACUUGCGUUUCCCUGAUGAGUAACGACGUUGAGCCCCCUGACUGUCUUCUUUGGUAAAAUGCCUCUUUUGACUCUUGCCCAUUUAAAAAUAAAAAUUGCACAUUUUCUUAUUGA